CAAAAACCAUUAUUAUUUAGUCAGUAGUGGUGAAAUAUGUAUGUUCGUAUUGUGAAAAUGUAUAUAAGUAAUAGCAUUUAAAAAGUGUACAUGUAGAGUAGGUCGUGUUUAUUAAAAUGUUCGUUUACUACUUUGUGUGGGCGGAGCAAACGUUUUUUAGGGGCAUUGAGGCGGGAAAUUAAUUCAAACUCAUUUCCGAAGACAACUGCACUGGCUUGUCUCGUUUGUGUUGCCUCUUGUCAUAGGUUUUUUUUUAAAGUUACCGCCAUUAUUUUGGUUAGGUAAACAUAUUUUACUUACAAAACAUGCCUUGCUCAGAAGUUACAGAUGCGACCGCCGUCUCAUCUCUAAAGAGGACAAAAACUGAACUUGGAAACGAGUUCAACACUGUGCUGAAAUUCGCCAAACUGUCCGAGCACGCCACUACUCCUACCAGAGGGUCGUCAAAAGCAGCGGGCUAUGACCUGUACAGUGCAUAUGACUACUCUAUUGGGCCUAUGGACAAGGGCAUAGUGAAGACUGAUAUACAGAUAGCAGUUCCCCAUGGCUGCUAUGGGAGAGUGGCUCCAAGGUCUGGCCUGGCAGCUAAGCACUUCAUAGACGUUGGAGCUGGAGUUGUAGACGAGGACUACAGAGGAAAUGUCGGAGUAGUGCUCUUCAACUUCAGCAAGGAAACUUUCAAUGUGAAAAAGGGUGACCGUGUAGCACAGCUGGUCUGUGAAAGAAUCUGCUACCCGGAUAUAGUGGAGCUCCAGACUCUGGAUGAGACCGAGCGUGGAUCGGGAGGGUUCGGCUCCACAGGAAGGAACUGAUAUCUUAUUGUAAACAUUAAUUUUAUUGUUGGUUAUGACGCCUAUGAAAUUGUUGUAAAAAUAAAGUGAUUUUUCAUACUUAA